ACUGCGGACGGCGCAGGAUCUAAACGCUAGGCGCUUGCACGCUCGCUCGCUCCUUCGGUUGUUCGACGGCGUAUAGUCAUACGCCUGGUGUGACUUUUUCUUGGAGAAGUACACGCGCAUCAUUUUACCUGUCCGUAUCCCGUUUUGCAAACCGCGUUCUCAUAUACUGUGGUAUACAUGCGAUUGUCGGACGUCUGACAGUUCAGUACGAACGAUUAAGUAUUUCAAUACGCAGCACGCGAUUAUCGGAGUGUUCAUCAUAGACACCGACUACAAAACAUAAGUCCUUUCCCGCGGUUUUACGACUAUUCUGGUCAUUCCUGCUACGAUCGUGCGCGAAUUGCAGGAGUAUUAUUACUGUGUUUGAUCAAUUGACGGAUUUAUUUCUGAAAUAUACACUUAUUUCUAAAAAUAUUUGGUCGUAAAAUUUUCCAAGACUCAACAUCUUACUGGAAUAUACCUACAUAUACGUAUUACAAUAUACAUUUAUAUACACAUUGAAAAAUAAGGACAUCAAAGUGAUCGAAUUAUUGUGUUUGUAUUUUGAAGAGAAAUUGUAGUAAUUUCUCAUCACAACGAUCCUCGUGUUCAGCCGGCUACUUGCAGCCGUAUUCCCCCACCAUCUCGACCACUAUAGCGGCAAUCCUAUAGUCCCCCUUAUGUUAUACCGAGGAUGUAUAUCUCGUGCACAGUGACAUCGUGAUCUUUGGUGAAUAAGUGAGAUUUUACUUCGGUCAAUUUAUUAAUGUUUUUUGCCAAUUCCGUUUGACAAGUCUUGAACGGUGAAGUGCGCUAAUAAGUUUGAUAUCGGGUGACGUAAAUGCUUGAAAAAUAAUAUAUAUUUUAAUUGUGUCAAAGUAAUCAACAAGUAACCGUUUAAAUAAUAGUGUCGUAAAAUUAUUUGGAUGCUCUAAUGCCGUGGCUUUGAAAAGCAUUACAAGAAGUUAAGAAAUUUUAUACCACUGGACACGAAAUCAAGAAAAAAACAAAAGAUGAGGAAGCAAGGGAAUUCCAGUUACUUGUGCAUAACGCAUUGCUGACGUUGACGGCUCUCUUAAUCAACUUCUUGGGUUUGUACUCAAAGGAGGGAAAAGAGCAGCUUUAAAGUGAGGGCGGACGUCCACCCUGCGAAGAUCUCUUUCAAGAUCAUCGCCGUCGCGCCCGUUGUUGCUGCUUCCUUCUUUCAAGAUCAUUGUGUGCUCCUUUGUGAACACCUCUAUACUCAACGUUUUUCAUUCCUGUGGAGCUUUUAUAGAAAAUCAAAAACGUAGGGAAAAAUUUUAAGUGUGCAGAAAGGAAAAAAGUGGUUUGGUGGAGAGUGUGAAGUGAGACUCGUCGUUUAUUGUGGGAAAAUAUAGCCGCUACGGUGGCUCAGCACGCAGAGUUCCCCGGCGCGGCCAGGGCGUUCAUGGCGCAGCCAAGGUAUGAUGAUGGCGGGCUGCAUGGGAGUUACCUGGAGGGUGGUGGCGGAGGGGGAGCAGGAUUAUAUGAUCCACACGGGAGCGCUAGAGGUGUUCCAGGUCUCCACCACAGUCCACACAUGGGAAUGGGACCAGCCCACCCUCAAUAUCCACCACCUCCGCCUCAACCACCACAACACGUUCUCGCGGCAGCAGCAGCGGCUGCCGCGUCUGCAGUUCCUGAUGUUCACAAACGUGACAAAGACGCCAUUUAUGGACAUCCAUUGUUUCCAUUACUCGCACUAAUAUUCGAAAAAUGUGAGUUAGCAACGUGCACACCACGAGAACCAGGAGUUGCGGGUGGCGAUGUUUGCUCGUCUGAAAGUUUUAAUGAGGAUAUUGCAGUCUUUUCCAAACAGAUCAGACAAGAGAAACCUUACUAUAUUGCAGACCCGGAGGUGGAUUCGCUGAUGGUUCAAGCGAUUCAGGUCCUCCGGUUUCAUCUCCUCGAGCUUGAAAAGGUGCAUGAGCUGUGCGAUAACUUCUGCCAUCGAUACAUCAGCUGUCUGAAGGGCAAGAUGCCAAUCGACCUAGUAAUCGAUGAUCGGGAAAGCUCGAAACCACCAGAACUUGGGAAUGGUUUAGAUGGUGGACCACGAAGCACAGCAGAUAGUACCAGCCACACGGACGGAGCCAGCACGCCAGACGUCGUGAGUACCUCACCAUCGUCAACGUCUUACUAUCCGCACGACGCGAUUACCCCCCACCACCAUCACAACCACCAUCACCAUGCCAUCGGCAGUACCACCCCCUUGCAACUGAGCCAAAACCAAAGCCAAAAUCACCCGCCGCAGUCGAACACUACCCCCAGUAGCGCCGCCACAACUCCCAACUCCCUAAAGCGUACGCACCAACAGAUGAUGAUGGCAGCCGCGGCGGCCUCCGCGAUGGCCACCUCGCCGCACGCCGCCUCUGCGCCCCCAGCUCACGCGCACGCGCACGCCGCCCUCGCCGCCUACCACAGCAUCAGUUCAGCCGUUUAUCCGUGCUCGUAAUAGAUCAAGUCUAGUUGACAUCUCGCGGAUUGUACUUUCUCCAAAUUUGUGCUUUCAUCCCUCACUCUUAAAUAUAAAUACAACUCUUUCAUCACUUCAUCAUUUAUUGUUAUCUACUCUCUUAUCAUCGUCUCUCAUUGUUUCUUUUAUGCAGCAUCUUUCACUAAUUCCUACUCCUCAUUCCAUUAUUAUGCGUACGAUUGACUUCCAGUAGUCUUUGUGCUCUCUGCUAUUUGCAUCAUAUUUCCUUACCGUAGACUUUUUGCGCUUUAAUCCUCAUACUCUUUAUUAUACUUGACAUACUACUCUAAUCAUUACUAGCGCUCAAUUCUUAAUGGAUAUUUUCAAUGAUUAUCGGCAUGGGGCGGUAGGUCGUGCGCUGUCAACAGGAGGUCUAGGAGGAAAAAGCGUCGGCGGGGUUGUUAUUUAGGUUUAGAUGUCACGGGAGAGUCGAGUCUCUUUCAUGGGAGUAUCAUUUCUAAUUAAUCGAGUAUCAAAAUAAUUAUCUCAGUAAUUCAUAUUUUUUAAAUAUAUUUUUUUGUUUUUAUGAAAAUAUUAAUUUUUUUAUUCUAUUUCAAUGAUUAUUAUUUUAUAUAAUUUUUAUUACCCGAUUAAUGACAUUUGCGAGUCGGUUUAUCUACUUUUUAUUGAUAUACAGAUAAUAACGGGAAUCAAAUAAUACAUAGUCGAAAGGGUGGCGAGUCGAUUGAAAAAAAUAAAAUACAAAUGAUUCUAUACCUAGAGACAUGAAGAUAGACAUUAAAUUGCAUUCCGUUGCAAUGUACACACGGUACAUAUGUUGUAGUCGAAGUAUUUUAAUUGCAACGCUGACAUUCAGCUCAACAAGAGACGCUUUUAUAAAUACGAAUUGCUGUAAUCGUCGAAUUUCUGUGGAAAUUUAACUGGUAUUAAUUUUCUAAUAAAUUACGACGAACAGCUUUUUACUUAAUCGUGAUCAGGAUAUACGUAAUAGGCUUAAGAUCUCGUCACAAAGAAAUUUGUGUCUAUUUUUAAAUAAAAUUCAGGUUUAAUUAAAUAACAAAGUUUAAUAAUUAAUAUAAAUAAAAGAGUGAGAGAUAAUUAAUGGCUACUUAUAAAUAAAUCAAUUGUCGGAAAAAUGUAGAAUAAUUUUUAAAUUAUUAAGUGAUUAGCGUUACCAAUCGUCUUGUGCAUUAAGGGUGCGGAUAAUUGUCGCGAUUGUUUGUUCAAUGUUAUAAAUGAUUGUGAAUAAUGUGUAUAUGAUAAUGAAAAUUACUUGAUAAUCAUGUGUGAGUGACUAAAGUCAAAAUCGAGAAUAAUCAAAAUGAUUUUAUAUUAAUAACAAGUCAUUUAAUGAAAGAAACAAUUUUUGCGAAUUUUGUUAAUAUGUUUCUUUUGUAAAUAAAUUGAUUUAUAAAUUUAUUAUUAUUAUUAUUAUUAUUAUUAUUAUUAUUAUUAUUAUUAUUAUUAUUGAUUAUUAAUAAGAAUAUGAAUCAAUAUGUAUCGAAUUUAAUAAAUAUACAUAUGUAGCGAAAGACUCCGUAACACGUGAUUAAUAAUAAUCGUCAACGAAUCGAAAUUAUAGAAGAAGAAUAAAAAGUGCGUCCCAAUAAAAUGCGAAUCGAUUAAUUUCAAUUGACUAGGUCUCGGUACUCGUAACUAGGGAGUUGUGUGAGGUACAAACGUCCUGGCCGGCAGGGCACGCGAGGUCCACCCCCCAGCCCCCGUACUUGAGUCCCUUUUGACUUGUAGAAUAUAUGCAGAAACAAAUAUUUAUUGUGUGAUGCUGCAUUACUGUGGUGCCCCGUCUGUGGUUCAAAAUAAAACUAUAGAAAAAAUAAAACAUUUAAAAGAAAAAAAAAACCUGCACCCUCGAAAAUGCGUUCGUUUAUUCAAUUUCAUAACAUGUGGUACUAUUUUCAAUAUUCAAUUAUGUUGAACAUCUCACAAAAUUAUUAAGAAAAAUGACAUACACUUUACAUACAUUCAAUACAGUAAUUACAUCACAUGAACAUUUUUUUUUUUAUUUUUACAAAGUCAAAUCAGUCAAAGGUUUACGAAGUUAUUCCUAUAUACAUUUUUUUACAUGUGUAUUCGAAUUCUACAAAUAAUAAAGUGAAUUCGAGUACGUAUUGUAGACCUACAAGCGCAUGCAUUUGAUCUACAUAAACAUAUAUUUCACAAAAAUAAGGAGAAAAAAAAACACAUGGGGUGCAGGGUGCAUUGGCCAGGGUAGGGCAUCAUAUGGAGCAGCAGAGAAAUGGGGCUUCGUUUAUGUGUCGAAAAUAAAUUUAUUUAUCUAAAAAACAAAAAAAAACAAGGGAGUAGUUACUCAAAAAGUACUUUUAUUAUCAAAUUCGACACGCAACGAAUCCCCUGCAAGUUCUACGAGUCGAUGGUUGGAUCAAGUACGGUGUUGGGAGGUGAAUCUUGUGGCCCUGUUGGCUGGAACCCUAGUUACGAGUGCCGAGCCUAGGGCCGAGAUUUAUCUCGGUUUUUUGUUUUCUUGUUUUAAUCAAUUAAUUAUAUUCUACCAAAACAAUCAAAAUUACAGAUAUAUGGCAGUGAUUUGCGAAGGUAUUGUAACAAUAAUUCAAAAGUUAAACAAUGAAAGAAGAAAUUCCUGAUAAUAUUUAUUAAAAAUAAUUCUUACAGAAAAAUUUUUUUGAGCGUUUGCAAUAUUCUACUUUGUAAAGUAACUUAUAAUAUACCUCUCUAAAAAAUGUAACGUAACUUUUAAUCAAAACAAUAACUGUUAAUGACAUCUAAGACUAAAUAUCUGAGCUCAAAUAAUUUUUUUGUUGAAAAAUUAUUUUUAUUACAUUGCAAAACGUUUAAAUUUAAAUAAACAUAAUAGAAAAAAAAAGUUUUAAUAAUGUCUAGGCAUACACAAUACAUGUUCAUUUAUUUAAAUAUAUUUGGCAUAAAAAAUAAUAAAUAAAUUAUUAAAAAUUUACAGUCUUUUGAAAAUUUUUGUCUAAAUUAUCAACAUUCAUCAUUUGACAUGUAAAACGAAUGAGUGAAUACUGCAUGAAAUACGUAGAAACAAAAGAUUUAUAUGAAUGAAAAUGAGCCCGCAGCGACACAAAACUAAAAACGUGAAUACUUAGUGCCAUAGGUUGCAGUGGGCGUGCGCGCCAAGACUGUGUACUUAAUUAAUUAGAUAUGAAGAUAUAUGCCAGACGAGAGAGAAAAAGCAGUUGAAAAAAGGACUACGACAUGUAUUAUGAAGAGGAUGAUAGUCAUGAAUGCUACUACAUUCUAGAUAGGAAAUGCAAAUGUUUUCUUUUUUUGUUUAAUUGAAUAUAAAAAUAUUCGCUCACUUUUGUCUUGCACAUUGUCGUACUCUUUCCACCUACAUCAUGAUCGUCAUCAUAAACUUAAAUGCAUUUAUAAAUUAGCUUAGAGACGAUCUCUGUAUAUUACCAGAGAUUUAUAGCUAAAUGAUUGAGAACUGUAAAAAUUGAUGACGACAAGGUACAAGUGCUACGACAUUGUAUCAGUCAAAGUAUCCGUGAUAUAGUUUUUAUUCUAAAUGAAUUUUCAAAGAGAAAUCUAUCAAUUUCUUUUGAAAAUUCAUCGAAUAAUUAACUCAAGCCUGACCAGUUAUGUGCGGGAAUUAAUGAGCAUUUGUUGAUGUCGUAUAGUUACGUUUUUUUUUGUUCGUAUUGUUUCUGUAAUUUGUUAAUGUUUACUAUUAAUAAUAAUAAUAAUAUUGAUAUUGAUAAUUAACAUAAAUGCGGUGAAAAUAUCGCAAUGACUCAUAUAUAUAUAUAUAUAUAUACGCGAUUGAAAGAGAGAUUAUAAUAAAUAAUUAAUAGUAAAUAACAAUGAAUAUACUGAUAUAAUUGGAUGUGAAAAAUUAUAUAUAUAUAUAAUAUAUAUAUAUAUAUCAGAAUUGCAAACGUGAAUACAAGUAUAUCUUUUGAAACAACAAAGAGAGAGAGUGACAAAUGAAUAUUGAAUAAUGAAGAAUGAGAGAUAAUUGUAAAUGUAUGUGUGCUGUGUACACUUUGAAAUUUAUUCGUAAUAUAAUAAGACAAAAAAAUAAGAAUGAUUUAAAAACAAACUCACUCGCACAUUGUAUACGAUUAGCAUUAUAGUGAUAAUAUAUUACCGAUAAUAAUACUGUUCAAACUAUUGUCUCAAUCAACGUAUUUUCAUUAUUAUAUAAAUAAAUGUUAGCCCUGUUGAGUUAAAAAAA